AUGUUCGCCCGCAUCAACCAAGUAGCACGUCAUCUCAGUCGUCCUUUGCCAAACUACCUGCAUCAAUCCGCAGCUGCCGUUUCCAACAGACUUACUAGCAGUCCUGCAAUCAUGGCCGACGCAAACAGCAAGCGCACUAUCAACACAGCCGCAUGUCUCAUCAUCGGAGAUGAAGUGUUGGGUGGAAAGACUGUCGACACAAACAGUGCCUACCUCGCCAAGUUCUGCUUCAGCCUAGGCAUCAACCUCAAGCGUAUCGAAGUUAUCGGCGAUGAAGAGUCAGAAAUCGUGGAGGCUGUCCGCCGCAUGUCAUCAAACUACGACUUCGUCGUCACAUCUGGCGGUAUCGGUCCCACUCACGACGACAUCACCUAUCAAAGCAUUGCCAACGCCUUUGAUCUGCCCUUGGUUCUUCAUGAUGACACUUUCUCACGCAUGAAGCGUCUCAGCAGACCUCAUCCUGGCCAGCCCAACUUUGACUGGAACACUCCUUCCCCUGCACUCGAGGCCAAGAAGCGCAUGGUCAUCCUGCCUCACGACAAGAAUCUAUCUAGUGAGCAGCAAGUCGUCUUCACAGCCGAUGAUCUUUGGGUGCCCGUCGCUGUCGUCAAUGGAAACAUUCACAUUCUACCUGGCGUACCCAGACUAUUCGAGCGCAUGCUCACUGGCUUAAAGCCCAAGUUACUGCCGAGAUUGACCGAUCCUGAAGGCAAGAGUGUUUAUCGAAUUAUUAUUUCGACACCGCUGCCUGAGAGUGGAGUUGCAUCAUACUUGACCGAGCUGGCUAAGAAGGUUGAGCCCGAGGGCGUCAAGGUUGGAAGUUACCCAAGAUGGGGCAAGGCAAGAAACACGGUCACUCUUGUCGGCAAGAAUAAGGAGUACAUGGACAGCCUGGUUCCCGAAGUUGAGAAGGGCGUACAGGGCAAGCGCGUCACGAAGGAAGGCGAAGACGAUGUCGAGGGCGAAUCUGACAAGGACACUUGA